AAGGCACACAGAGAGUGUUGAAUUAAAACAAUUCCUAGCACUGUCUUACGAGACCAGGGAACAGCUACAUUAAAGGCAAGUCAGCAAUAGACAUGCUUUAAUUUGGGGUUUAAAACAACUAGGUGUGCGUAAACUGCAAUCUGUGCGCAUUUUAAGGCAGGGCCAACUUGAUGUAAUGAACCGACAGAUUUCAUAAGAAUUGGGGAAGAACACGGAAGUGCAGUUAGACGUAAACCUCCCCCGACAAACUGAGACUUUAUUACAUGACCAGUGUCCUGCGCUCCAGAAAUCUGCGAACCGAGGAGCUGAGAUGCUCUUAUUGAGACUUGAUCCUGUGAAACAGACAGGCACGUUUCGACGAGUUCUUUGGUUUCAGAGCUCGUCUUGUGCCCGCAUGGAGCCACGUUUUGACAGGCGGUAGUACAACAAACAUUUCGCUGUUUGCUGUUGGUGGAAGAAUCAGACGUCAACAAGCCGCAGCAGACUGAGGAGACUACAGGUGAGCAUGGAAUAUACCUGAACUUCAUUGCUCUUUAUUGUCGGUUUGUAACUUAGGAGAUCACUGCUAAUUUAACGUUAAGUUUGUUUUUUGUGUGUGAAGAGAUGAGGCCAAGGCAACUCAGCAUCUUUUGAAUAGUUGUGGCUCCACACCCAAAUGUUAAGAUUUGCAGUAGGUGUCUUUUGUUCCAAACACGCAACGCUGUCAAGUCAGUCUGAGUUUAAAUAGUGCCUGUAUAGAAUAUAUUUUAUAGAAUUUAUUAGUUCCAAAGUUAAGCAAAUUGCGUGAUAGAUGGAUAGAUCUCAACAGUGUAAACAGUCAUCAGAUGAUAUUAAUUAUUAUUAUGACGUUAUGAAGCGCAGGAUGUCAAGUCCUGUCAGCUUUAUUAUCCUUAAGGGGCUUUUGAGUAAUAUGACACUCUCUUAGAUCCAAUAAGACAAGGAAAAACUCCUCACCUGUGGUGGGACAAAAAGAAAGAAACCUCAGGAACAGCAAGAGAGGCUGGAUCCCUCUCCCAGCACAGAAAGACAUGCAACAGAUGUCAUCAUUUUUCUAUAUUUUCAGGUUUCCACAGCAUCUUUGGAAUCAUCAUGGCUCCACAUCCCAUAAUCCAGGCGAUCAUCGACUUCUCAGCUGGAGCAGUAGGUGGUACAGCUUGCGUAGUGAGCGGUCAGCCGUUUGACACGACAAAGGUCAAGAUGCAGACGUUCCCCACAAUGUAUCGCGGCUUCGUCCACUGCUUCGUGUCCACCUACAGGCAGGUGGGACUGCGUGGCUUGUACAAAGGCACGACCCCGGCCCUUAUAGCCAACAUCAGUGAGAACGCUGUGCUCUUUCUGAGUUACGGUCUCUGCCAGGAUGUGGUCCGCUUUUUGUCCAAGAUGGAAAAAGGGGCCGAUCUCAGUGACAUCCAGAAGGCAUGUGCAGGAUCUUUCGCCUCCAUCUUCUCCUCCAUGGCUUUAUGUCCCACUGAGCUGGUGAAAUGCCGCCUUCAGGCCAUGCACGAAAUGGAAGCAUCUGGCAAGAUCCCGAGUGGACAGAGAAGCACAGUGUGGACAGCUGUGAAGACAGUGUUGAAGACAAAUGGACCGCUGGGUUUCUACCAAGGGCUGACAUCUACCAUUGUGAGGGAGAUACCAGGGUACUUCUGCUUCUUUGGGGCCUAUGAACUGUGUCGGUCUAAAUUUGCACAGUACAUGGGUACCAACAAGGACAGCAUAGGCAUUCUUCCACUCAUGUUUAGUGGUGGGUUUGGGGGAGCUUGUCUUUGGUUGGUGGUCUUCCCCAUAGACUGCGUGAAGUCCAGGAUCCAAGUGUACUCCUUAAGUGGGAAGCAAGCAGGCUUCAUGAAGACCUUCUUGGGUGUCAUACGCGCUGAAGGGUUCACUGCUCUGUAUUCUGGUCUGACUCCCACCAUGAUACGCACCUUCCCUGCCAACGGAGCCCUCUUCCUGGCUUAUGAGCUCACUCGCAAGUUUAUGAUGGAGGCAGCUGGUGCCUGAUGUGGAGGAUGCUUGAAGCAGGUGUCCUGUUGAAAUACUGCGUUGUCCUCCUGGUUUUCUGAAAAUGGACUGACUAAAAGUUUUUUGGGGUCUUUUACAGGCAGAAUUUGUAAAAUAUGUCACUUGUAGAGCAGAGGUGGGCGAGUGACUGUGACUGUGGAACAAAGCAGUGAAUCAGAGUAAGAAAAUGUUUUUUUUUCUGACUGUUUCACAGCAGUUACAUUUUAAAGCACAAAUAAGCACUCCCAAACCUCCGCACAACACUCUGGAUUUUGUGUUACUACAGUCAAAGUGCUGGUUUCAUCCUUUCCAAACAUGCCUCCAUCUCUUUAUUACGAAUUAAAGAGAUCAAGGCAGCUAAUUUAGUCAGCACGUUUUUAUAGAGUCCACCAACUUCUAAAGAGUCAGCUGAUGAUUGAGAGAAAUUACUUUUGUUUAGGUCAAUAUAUUGUUUUUCAGCAUUGCUGCAUAUUAUGCCUUUAAUGUUUGACUAAAUGUGACCUAAAUGCCGGUGUUGUGGGUAUGGCUGUUUUUGUGCUGUGCUGGUCACAGUAAUUCAAAAUAAAGUUUUUAUUCAAAUAUA